AUGACCUCACUUCAAGAUCUUUGUACAGAUGAAAUCUGCCUUUUCACACCCAUCUUUCCCUUUUCAGGGCUAUCCUCAGCUGCAGGUGAUCACUUGGUGGGCAGAACUGACCCAAUUGAUCGGAUAUCAGAAUUGCCGGAGCCCAUUUUGCAACAGAUUCUGUCCCUCCUCCCCAUGAAACAAGGACUUCAAACCAGUGUAUUAUCCAAGAGAUGGAGGCACGUGUGGACUAAUUUCCCGGUUUUGGAAUUUGACAGAACCUUCUUCGACUCAAAGUUUUCCAUUCAUUCCGACAUUAGGGAGAGUAUCCCAGAAAGACCAAGGAAAAGAGACGAACUAUUUAAUUUUGAGGACAAACUACUAAUACACCGCAAUUUCAAAGGCAUAAGGAGGUUUACACUUGAAAUAUCCUUCCAUGAUCCGGAAUUGGCGUAUCUCUUUGACAGGUGGAUUGGCUGUUUGUUAGAGAGUAAUGUUUAUGAGCUCAAACUUGGCAUUCUUCUUUUGAGAAAUGGAGAAUGGUAUAAUCUACCCGGGGCUGUUCUAGCUGCAAAAUCAGUAACUAUGUUGACACUUUCUAACUGUAAGUUGAGGUUGCCCUACAGUGACAUCAAGUUAUUGUCUUUGAAAAAGCUGUCUCUAGUGGACGUUUAUAUCGAAGAUGAGAUUUUUCAAAACUUGGUCGCUAAAUGUCCUAUGAUUGAGGAAAUGAAUUUGAGUGGUUGCUGUGGAUUGAAAAGUUUUGAGGUUUUUGGUCUACUCAAACUUAAGUCAGUUGAGGUGAAAAACAGUCGUGAACUCGAGGAGGUUGAGAUGCAAGCACUGAUUCUUCAAUCUUUUGAAUACAGUGGGCGGUAUAAGCCGUGUGAGAUCAACUUGGCCCCAUGUAAAAGUUUGAAAACUUUGAAAUUAUGUAUGGCAGCCAUAACAGACGAGUGGUUCCAUGACCGUUUGUCUGAAUUUCCACUCCUUGAGAACUUGGCCCUCAGUGAUUGCAGAAUGUUGGAAAGUAUAAGAAUCUCAAGUCGUCAUCUUAAGAGAUUGCUUUUACGUAGAUGUGACUUCCUUAUUGAAGUCGAGAUUGAUGCUCCUUGUCUGUGUUCAUUCAAGUAUAAUGGUGAUACAAUACCCUUCUCAUUAAAUUCUCCAGCUCUCUUACAAUCUGACGUCCAUUUCUACCUCAAGGCUUGGUAUGUUCAAAUGAUCGAAUUUCUGUCCAAGUUUAAUCAUUCUAAAGUAUUGACUUUGCAGAGUAUCACAGGCAAGAAUAUGGUUGUUCCAAACGAACUGAGGGAAAGCCUACUUCCCCCAUUGUAUAAUGUCAAGCAUUUGAAGCUGAAGAUACAUAAGCCUCUAAUGAGUUGUGCAACAGAAGAACUUGGGAGAGCUUGCUUUGAAUUUCUCCCCACCCAGAGACUUUAUUCAUAGAAUCUGGUUUUGGCACAAAAACUUUUAAGGUGACAGAAAGAGGAGAGGACUCUUGCGGUUGCAGAUCGGUUCCUAUCAUAUAUGGUGGAGGCACUGCUUACGGGAAAUUGAGGUCGAGAAUGUUAGCGAGGCUGAAGAAGGCAACAAGUUGACUAAGUUCUUUUGGGAAAAUGCAAAGAUAUUGGAGAGGAUAGAUGGCCUAGACUGUGAGCUUUGAAUCAUUGAAUCAAUGGAGGCUGUGUUUCAGUGUUGGCCUUAGGUAAUGAACUCGAAGCAGAAUUUAGUGGACAUUGCUAGAGUGUGGGAUUCGCAGUGCCCGAAAUGGUUAUAAGGAAGGGAAUGGGCCCUGUGGAUUGCAUGGGCGGGCUAAAACAGUUCGUGGGCUAUCUUUGAUGCUCUUAUUUUGGUACAUUUGAGGAUGUUAUAUUAGUUAGUUUGAUUAUUAUUUAAUAUUUUAUUAUUAUUUAUAAAAUAUUUGUGAUCAUUUCACUAUUUAAAUCACUUAAAACCUCACGUUCAA